CGCAGCGGUUCAUUCAUCUUCUUCCUCAGAGGUGAGUUAACGCGAAGGUUAUUUAACACGAGGGAGGAAACUGAUUCUGGAGCCAAACGUCACGUUGACAGAAGCUGGGAGGAAAAGAAGAGGUUUUGUUUUGUAGUCUGACAGGAGCUCAUUCUCUUCUAAACAUUACAAGAGAGGUGAAUUGGUCAUGGGUAAACACAACAGUAAGCUGGCUCCGGAGGUCCUGGACGACCUGACCAAGAGCACGGAAUUCAACGAGGUGGAGCUCAAGCAGUGGUACAAAGGCUUCCUCAAGGACUGUCCCUCUGGCAUCCUCAACCUGGAUGAGUUUCAGCAGCUCUAUGUGAAGUUUUUCCCAUACGGCGACGCCUCCAAGUUCGCCCAGCAUGCGUUUCGGACAUUUGACAAGAACGGUGAUGGGACCAUUGACUUCAGGGAGUUCAUUUGUGCCCUGUCCAUCACCUCCAGAGGCAGCUUCGAGCAGAAACUCAACUGGGCCUUCAACAUGUACGAUCUGGACGGGGAUGGAAAGAUCACACGCAUGGAGAUGCUUGAGAUCAUAGAGGCCAUCUACAAGAUGGUGGGCACGGUGAUCAUGAUGCGUAUGAACGAGGACGGGCUGACUCCUCAGCAACGCGUCGACAAAAUCUUCUCCAAGAUGGACAAAGACCACAAUGAUGAGAUCACCCUGGACGAGUUCAAAGAGGCUGCCAAGUCUGACCCGUCCAUCGUCCUACUGCUGCAGUGUGACAUGCAGAAGUAGAGAG